UCCUUUUCCCCUUCGUGACCUUUCCUAUCCCUGUCCAACCCGGCUUCUUUUGCUCACAUCUCCCUCGAUCGCAUAGUCAAAAACCCCUCAGAUUGGCAUCUAGCAUAGUCACGAUGCCGCCUGCAGCUGAUAUUCUCAACGACCCUGAUAUCGCACAGGCAUACGAAGAUGUGCGGUCAGACAAAUCGGACACAACCUGGCUCAUUCUGAAGUAUGCUUCCGCGACUUCAGACAAUCUGAAGCUGGCAGCCACAGGCACAGGCGAGAUUGCCGAGAUGACAGAGAGUCUCGGGGACGACGAGGCAGCCUAUGCAUAUGUGCGAAUGAAGCUGGGAAACGAUGAGUACAGUGAGCGCGUCAAGUUUGCUUUUGUGGUUUGGCAAGGCCCCCAUACAAAAGUCAUGCGCAAAGCCAAGAUGAGCUUUCAGAGUGGACAGGUCAAGCAGGUUAUCAGGACCUAUGCUGUCGAGAUCCAGACGGGUGACAAGAAGGAUCUGGAUGCCGAGGCUGUGACGCUCAAGUUGAGAAAGGCAAUGGGUGCAAACUAUGACCGGCAAACAACAAACUACUAAACGCAACCAAUAUAUGCACCCAUGUCACAAUUGAAUUGUCUUCACAACUAACAUAUCAGCUGUGUGGCGGCUGCUUGAGUUACAGGCUAAAUACCAUCCAUUACCAAUGAUUCUAUAGUUGUAUCCUCUUAUUUC